GUGACUCCGCAGCAGCUGCAGGCGAGUGGCUGGGUCGACGGCAUCGGCGGCGCCAUCGCGGCAUCGGAGCAAGGAACCGUUGCGCCGCCAGAGAGGGCCAUCGACUACACCGCGAUGUGCCCUUUCCUCGCUGCUGGAUCGCAGAUUGAAGUCAUCGCGGAC